GGUACGUCUUCUAGGAGCCUUGGAGCACCAGGAUGUUAGAAAUGUCCUAGUCCAGGGACACAUAUUUCUCAACACGUCCCUCACUGAGGCCUUUUGUAUGGCUAUUGUGGAAGCAGCAAGCUGUGGUUUACAGGUGGUGAGUACAAGAGUUGGUGGGAUUCCUGAGGUACUUCCAGAAAAUCUCAUUAUUUUGUGUGAGCCCUCUGUGAAAUCUUUGUGUGAUGGAUUGGAAAAAGCUAUUGCCCAGCUCAGAUCAGGAACACUCCCAUCUCCAGAAACAGUUCAUAAUAAAGUGAAGACAUUUUAUACAUGGAGGAAUGUAGCAGAGAGAACUGAGAAAGUGUAUGACAGGGUUGCAAAUGAAGUGGUCUUACCAAUGGAUGAGCGACUCGACAGGCUAAUGUCUCACUGUGGCCCAGUGACUGGGUGUAUUUUUGCUCUUUUGGCUGUUCUGAACUUCCUUCUCUUGGUGAUUUUGAGGUGGAUGACUCCAGAUUCCAUUAUUGAUGUUGCAAUAGAUGCCACAGGACCUAAAGGUGCAUGGACUAAACAGUAUUUUUUUGAGAAAAAAAGAAGAGUUAAAGAAGAACUUCCAAGCUCCUAA